AUGCCUCUUCGUACAAGGGGUCCAACAACUCGAAUCACAAUCGAUACUCCUAAUACCCAAAGUCCAUAUACUACCCCAUCACACUCUACUUCAAAUUCUAGAUCCAAUUCAUUCUCCGAAGGAUCGUCGGGUCACAUUCGCUCAGACGAUAGUCACGACUUUUCAGACAAUUCCCAAGACUCUUGGAACGGACUAGAUUAUUCAGACGAUAUCGAACCCUCUGAAUCUGCUUCACGGCCACGCGCACAGGCAAGAUACAUAGACAGAGGACAAAUUAGUUCCCGAGAACAUAGUACAGGUCGUCCAGCUCCCAGUGAACGUGCACACUCAAAUUACGAUCGCCCCGCACGCCGUCAUACUCCGGCCGCUGAACGAAAUCACCGCCCGUCUGCUUCUAGAGUGCACCGGCACACAGCACCGGGACCAGUAACAACCGUGGAUCAACUAGAUGACUAUCCAGGCUAUGGCCGAGGCUAUCCUGCUCAGCAAACCGCUCCGUAUGGUGGUAGAGUAGCGCCUCCGCCUGGAUAUGCCCCAAAUGGAUACCCCGCUAGUGCAAGUACCCAAUAUGCACCACCUUUUGGCAAUCCCGCUGUUGCUCCUCCACCAGGGCCUGGUCCAGGAGCUUUAACACAUUAUGGUGGCGGAUAUCCUCAACAACAAUACAACCAAAGUUCAAAUCCAUUUGCACCACAAAACCAGACUUCAUUUGCACCGCAACCUUCCCCAAGUCCAGGCGGAGCCAGCUAUUUCAACAGCCAUAGCAGACACGAUCCAAUGGCGUCUAGGCACGACCCAAUGGCAUCUAGACAUGAUCCAAUGGCAUCUAGACAUGAUCCUAUGGCAUCCAGGCAUGAUCCAAUGGCUGGACACAGUGGGCACAACACUCCUGCUGGAUAUCCUGGCCAUCCUAAUCAAGAGCUUAUGCAUUAUGCACCCCAGCAAGGCUACCCCGGUAAUCAGCCUUAUGGUGGAGGUCAAGGCUAUCCAGGGUACCCAGGAUACAUGCCUCCUGCUAUGUCUCCGGGAAUGUCUCCAGGAAUGUCUCCAGGUAUGCAGGCAUUGCAACAUGGACAUCACGGACAACAACAUGGACAGCAUGGACAGCAAAAUAUGGCAAUGGCUCCAGCAGGGAUGCAAUACUUCCCUCCUCAGUUUUCCCCGCCAGCUCCUGAGCCAGCACCAGCUGCCUCGCCAGUACCAGUGAUUGAUAUUGAGUUGGAGAAGAAAAUGGUUUUGAUGGAGGAACAAAUGAAAAAUGCUAAGAUAGAGUCUGAUAGGGCUAAAGAGCAAGCAGAGGCCGCCCAAAAAGCAUCUGAAGCUGCACAGAAGGCCUUGGCCGACAAGGAGGCACGAGAACUCAAAGAGAAAUUGGAUGCCGAAGAAGCUGCUGCAGCUGCACAAAAGCUAGCAGACGAGAGGGCUGAAUGGGCAAGGAAAGCUAAUGAAGCCCAAGCCGCCAUUGAGAAGAGGGCCGCCGAGAAACAAGCCGAGUUAGAAAAGAGGGCUGCGGAUAUGGAGGCUGAUUUAAAAAAGAAGGCCGCUGAAGCUGAAGCUGAUUUGAAGAAGCGAAUGGAAGAAGCUCAAACCUUACUAGCGGCUAAACUCGCACAGGAAGCAAAAGCGGAAAAAGAGGCCGCUGAUGCCGCUGCUCAAGCUGCCUUGAAGGCCGAAUGGGAGAAGAAGGCAUCUGAAGCACAAGCGGAUCUAAUGAAGAAAGCCGCGACAAUGGAAGCAGAUCUCAAAAAGAUGGCUGCCGAUAAUGAAGCUGAUUUGAAGAAGAAAAUGGAAGAGGCACAAUCAGCUUUGGCCGCCAAAUUAGCGAAAGAAGCUAAGGAUGCUGCAGACGCUGCAGAGGCCGCACAAGCCGCGGCUAUCAAAGCUGAAUGGGAAGCUAAAAUCGAGGCUGAGAAACAAUUGGCAUUGGCAAAGGGCGCCGCAGAUGCAUUGAAAGCUAAGGAAGAUGAAGCAAAAGCUAGAGCAGCCGAAGAGGAAGAAGCAAAGAAGAAAGCAGAUGAGUUAGCCGCUGCUAUCGCCGCCGCGACCGCGGCUGCCACUGCGGCUGCAAAUGCUGCUAAUCCACCACCACCGCCUGCUCCACCAGCGGAUGAGAAAAAGAAACCUAUCAAAUUCAAGGAUGCCGUAGGCAGAAAAUUCAGCUUCCCAUUCCAGUUGUGUGCAACAUGGGCUGGCAUGGAAGAAUUGAUCAAACAAGCUUUCCUUCACGUCGAUAUUAUUGGUCCCCACGUUCAAGAAGGUCACUAUGAUUUGAUCGGACCCAAUGGUGAGAUUAUUCUACCACAAAUAUGGGAAACAGUGAUCGAACCCGAUUGGGCGAUCACUAUGCAUAUGUGGCCAAUCCCAGAACCGCCAAGGCCAGCACCUCCACCUGGACCUCCUGGACCACCCCCAAUGAAUCCAAAUGCACCCCCCAAUGGCGUCCGACCUCCUGGGCCUCCCCCUGGUGUAGCUAUGCCACCUGGAGCUGGACCUAGACCACCACCGCCGCCGCCAGGACUUGGAGGUCCUCCUCCUCCUCCUCUUCCUCCCUUUAUGUCUCACCCAAGCGGCCCACCCGGGCCAAGAAUCGUAACGGUCAAACCAAAAAAGAAGGAGUCCGGAAUGUUGGAAUGGAUGGCAGGCAGGAAGCCUACACCUUCAUCUAAAAGUCGAUCCAAAAAAUAA